UCUAUCAAAUGUUACAAUGAAGAUGUCUUCGGAAGCUUUGACGGUGUUGGAAUUUUGUCCAGAAAUUCUUAGAAAUGGGAACUAUAGCAGUUUGAUGGUUAUGGAAGUUAAUCUUCAGUCUGGUUACGUAUUUACUGAAGAAAAUUUUCAGGAAGUUGAUUAUAGUCUAAACAAGGGAAUCAAGUCAAUUCAAUUAGACCACAAUCAAGACAGGUUUGUCGUUUAUUUCGAAAAUGAGGUAUGUUUUAAAUUAAAGGCUUUAAGGGAGUACAAUGUUGUAAAUGCAAAACCUGGAUGGGUUAUUAUGUAUGCUUUAGAAAAGAAAGAUUCAAAAACCGUGAAAAGUUUCAUAAUCGAUGACAGUUAUUCAUAGAAUAUCGAUUAGAAAGGAAUUUUUUGGUUGGACAAAAGUUUGGAAUCUACAAACUUAAGCGCACAAGUUUGAGUCUAUAGUUUUAAGAAAACAAAAUUUUGUAUACAACAGAUUCUUAUGGAUGGUUG